AUGUCCCGAAAUACAAUUCAGGGCAGAUUUAGUAGUCCACCAAUUCAGGUGGCUCUCCAGGUUGCCAUUGAUGCAGCUGCAGACGAUGGGACCCACUUAUUUUCUAAGGGUUUUGGUACAAUGCAAUGGCUCACACCACGGCUCCGAUGUGCGGCCAGGUUCUCACCCCCAUAUCCACCACCUCAUCAUCCUCCACCUUACCUGAAAUCCCCACCUCCCAAAGCCCCUCAUGCACAUGGCCCACCUCCCAAAACCCAUCACUCUCCUCCCCCACCUCCCAAAACCCCUCAUGCACAUGCCCCUCCUCCCAAAACCCUUCAUCCAUCUCCCCCACCUCCCAAAACCCCUCAUUCAUCUCCCCCACCUCCCCCACCUCCCCAAACCCCUCAUGCAUAUGCCCCACCACCCAAAACCCUUUAUCCACCUCCCCCACCUCCCCGAACCCCUCAUGCGCCUCCCCCACCUCCCAAAACCCUUCAUUCACCUCCCCCACCUCCCCAAACCCCUCAUGCAUAUGCCCCACCACCCAAAACCCUUUAUCCACCUCCCCCACCUCCCCAAACCCCUCAUGCUCCUCCCCCACCUCCCAAAACCCUUCAUUCACCUCCCCCACCUCCCCAAACCCCUCAUGCAUAUGCCCCACCACCCAAAACCCUUUAUCCACCUCCCCCACCUCCCAAAACCCUUCAUUCACCUCCCCCACCUCCCCAAACCCCUCAUGCAUAUGCCCCACCACCCAAAACCCUUCAUCCACCUCCCCCACCUCCCCAAACCCCUCCUGCAUAUGCCCCACCUCCCAGAACCCUUCAUCCACCUCCCCCACCUCCCCAAACCCCCCAUGCAUAUGCCCCACCUCCUCAAACCAUCCAUUCAUAUCCACCACCUCCACAAACCCCACAUGGCCCACCUCCACCCCCUCCACCUUCAUCCCCACCACAAAUCCAUCCUUCCCCACCUCCUCCUAACCAUCCACCACCACCACCACUGCCACCACCACCACCACCCCCUUAUCAUUAGCUCCUCUAUAACUCAUCAUCAUCAUUGGCAUCGUGACCAUCAUCAUCUUCAACGGUAUCGGUGGCUGCAUCAAUAACAACAGUGUUUUCUUUUUCUUUCUUCACUUAGCUGAUGUUACUCCAUUGUCGCUGUACUUUUCUUUCUUAGCUGAUGUUAAUACCUUGUUGCACUUUUCUUACUCAGCUGAUAUUACUACAGUGUUGUAGCGCUUUUCUUUUUAUUUCUCACGUAACUGUAGCUUCUUCUUUCAUGUAAGACUUCAGCCACUUGGGAUGAUUUGGAAUAAAGAGUGUUUUUUAUUUUA